AUGGAUAAAUUUACCAUCUAAAAUCUAAAAUGUUAUAAGCAUCCAAAUAAAAACCUUCAAUUUAUUUAAGUAAAUGAUGUUCUGACACAACCUACUUCCAUUAAAUCUCUCUUUUACUGCUCUUCCUGUUUUAAUCAUGAUCUUCACUUUAAAUCUAUCAACUAUCUUAUGAUCGAUCAGAUUUUUUAAGAAGCAGAGACAAACAUAAUCCCAAAAUGGCCGCCAGUUAAUAACUACCAAAUCAUCUCAGAUCUCAUUGAUCUUACUUCCAAUUAAUCUUCACUUGACUAUGUCAAACAAAUUACAGACUUCUUUCAUCAAUUCAAAGAUGAAUUUCUAAAUAAAAUAGAUGUCAUCUAAAAAAAGAUGAUCAAUGAAGCCUUGAAAUAUCCUAUUGAUACAUAGCAAGUCAUCAAAAGAUAUUAAGAAAUUUCAAACAUUCUUCAGUUUAAGCAGAUUCUUAACAACGAAUAAUAUAAUAACCUCCAAGAUCAUUCAGCUCUCUGCAAACAAUUUAUCUCACAAAUGGAGUCUCAAAAAGAUAAAAACACUGAAUUGUUGUAAAUUCUACUAAGCGAAGCAAAUUAAUUAAAAACAAAUUUCAGCAUGGAAUAUCCUCACACCAUUAAAUAGUAAUUAUUUACUUUUAUUGAACAAAUUUCUUUCUUCAAUUUAGAUAUUUCUGAAGUUACUAGUACAGAUCAUAAUAACAAUAGAGAUCAUUAGGAAACUAACAUUACAAAUCAAAAUAAUUAAAGUGGAGAUUUAAAACUAACAUCAGAAUUAAUCAUGAAACUUGUUUCUAAUAAAUCAAAUUUAUGCUCUGACUAAUUCUUAGACAAGCUAAACGAGAGUCUUUAAAGCCUAAAUCAUCUAAUUAAAUAGUUUACUUUCAAUACAGUAGUGUUCAAGAAAAAUAAAGAAUAAAUUGACUUUUCCAAGAUUAGCGAAGAAAAAAUGAAUUUGAUAGAAGAAUAUGUAAAGCAUUCAAUAACUUUGUCAAGAGGGGAAUAGUAAUAUGAAUAGGAAGUAAAGGAUAGUUAUGAAAUUAAAUAAAUGACUUAAAUUGUAGAUUGUAAAAUGAGUUUCUUGAGGUAAGAAUUCAUUUAAUAGUUUGAAAAUUUCUUAGUUGAUGUAAAACCUUUCUUAAAAUAGAUUAAUUUUACUAAUAGUUUUACUGACAAAAAUAAAUUUGAUUUCUUCAGAAAUUUGAAAGAUAAAAGAUUUUAUUAUGCUUUAUAUGAGGAAAGUUUACCAAAUUUAGAUUUAAAAUUGUAUGCAACUUAAUUUUAAAAUGGGUAGAAAUAUUGUGUGGUAAAUAAAAAAGAAAAUGGUCAUUAUGAAAUUGAAAUUGAAAAAUUAAAUAAUAAUGAUUGGAUGAAUUGUAUAUCAAAUACAAAUUUAUAAAAAGAUUAGAAGUAUAUUUUUAGGAUAAAAAUUGUAAGUCAAAAUGAAGGUUAUUUUAUGAUAGGUCUAAUGAGAAAUUCAAAUGCUGAUUAAAAUGUAGGAUGUAAUGAUUAUUUAAGCUGUUACUUAAAGAAAUAUAAUCAAUAUGUAAUUAAAAAUGGAUCUUAUGGUAUUCAUAAAUAAUUAAAGGGAGCAGGAUUUAAGACAAGCGGAGAUAUGAUAGAAUUAAGAUUGUGUUUGAAAGAGUAGAUUUUAGAAGUGUUAGAUUAUCCUAAUUAUGAGUUUAAACUAGGAUUACAUGAUCAAUAUAAAUAGAAGCUUACAUAAUUUGAUGAUCUAAGAUUUUAUAUUGGCAUUUGUUAUUAAGGAAGCAAAUUAAUUUUAAUGGAUGUAAAAGUAGUGAAUGAGUUUAUAAAUUGA